GACGCUCCUCACUGCCCGUUUCAUGGCGGCUUUGUUGCAGCGUCUCAGUGUUUUGCUGCACUCCCCGUAGCUUUCUCUUGUCAUUUCUAACAUCUUGCGAAGGAUCGCUCUUUCUUCUCGUCCCCGCCGAGAGACUCAGUAAAUACAGCCUACAAUGGAGCAGGAUACGCCGGCGAUAACCUGCAACAUCAGGGGUUGCCCCAACGAAUUCGGUCUGAGCGACCCGACGCACCUGCUGUACGUUUGCAACGCGGACGACAUUCAGUGCAAGGCAUGGCUUGCCGUGAUACCCAAAAUCUCGCUGAGCGAUGUUGGCGAGCGGCUGUGCGUGUGUUCGUUGCAUUUCAAGGAUGGAGUCAACGUCAGCGGCGACAUCUUGCCGACCAUCUUCCCGCCAGUGCCUGUUCCGGCCACGAUUACGAGCGACCUAGCACAACCGAGCGUGUCGCAGGUCGGGCAGCCAACUGUGGCCGGACCGGCGAUAAAGAUUAAACAGGAACCCGUUGACGACUAUGAACAAGUGCCACAGCCGCCAUCCCCUGAGAUCGAAAGCAGUGAGCAUUUUGACUAGUUCUACUGGAUUUGAGAAUGACGAAUCAAGCAUGGAGGUUGACCAAGCACGCACAGGACUCAUCCCGGCUCAUGCAAUCAAGAGAGAGAUAGAAGACGAGUCAACCGAAGGCAUGACUUCCUCCUCGACACAGGACACUCACGGUGAUGACUCUGCCCAAAAUGGCGUGGGUGGGCCUUUCCUGGGCUUUCUUAGCUCCUACGUCGUGAAAGAGGAGAUCCCCGACGAUGACGACGAGGAUGACGGCGGCGAAAUCGCAGCACCCCCGCCCAGCUCUGGCUGCGGUGUAGCACUUCCGGAUGAUACGCCGUCGUCGUGUGCCUUCAAGAUCCAGGAGUUUGGCACAAUCCCACUGAAUGAAAUCAAGACCGAAGAUGGCAUCACGCCGACGUUGCUUCCGUCGACGUCAAUGCUUCCGUCCACAUCAUCGGUGACCAUUAAGAGGGAGCCGCCGGACUACGACAUUAUGGAGAACGGCAUCUCGCACGACCAGGGCUGCCAGGCGGACGAUGUUACCAACCCGUCGUCUGUCAUUCUGAUGCCGCCAGGAUAUGUCGGCGAACCUUCUUCGUCGGUGGCUACGGGCUCGACAGCGUUCGCGGCCAGCGGCAACGGGAUCCUGACGGGCGAUGCGGGCAUCGUAAUCUCCAACCUGCAGUCGUUCUCGAGCACAAGUGCGCAGCAAGAGUGCGUCGCCGAGGACGUUGUCCACUGCCCAAAGUGCAUCAAUGGCGAGUCCAAAGAGAAAUGCGACAAGUCGACGUGCACGAGCCUACCGACGCGCACUGUCUGGACACAGACCGUGGAGCCUGAAAAGCGGACUGUCUGGACUCAGGUUGCGCAACUCGGGGACCUGAAGAUGCUGAAACAUCGGGCCACGCAGACAGACCCAUGGCUCGAGCGCUCUCCACGGCUGCCUAAGAUCGUGCGCAGGAAGCGAAGAUUCGAGGACGACGAGGACAGCGUUGGCAAGCCCUGAGAUGGUCACCACUGUUACCGUGCUUGUAACCCGCCGGGAUGUGCGUUGUACACCAUCGUUCUCCUGGCAACACUUGCUGUUUGCAUGCGUCGCUUUCACUGUUUAUUUGUUUGUCUGUGUGCAUUGUCGGUCAGUUCAAAAGGAGAUGCUGAUAGUGCAGUUAAUUGCAUGGAAGCUAUAGUAGUCUCACUGAGGACUUCCCACUUAAUUUCUGAAACAAAAUAUUGACUAGAUUCUUCAGCAUCCCUAUUAGGCUAUCCUGUGAGGAGUUCUCUUGUUGGAUGGUUUGUCGAUAAUCCAAGGUUGCCGCAGUGCAACAGCGGGGUACCUCUGAUCCUAUUUCUCAGCUUCAUGGCUGUGGGAAGUCUAAAAAAAAAGGGGGAGGUGCGGAUGGAAAUCAUGUAUGAUGUUGAUUACGAUCAGCAAUUUAAAAAAUCAUAUCAAUUUGCGAUUGAUGCGGGCUUUUGUAGCCCACAAAAUUAAGUGUGAUGCAACAUUUUGCGGACAGGAUCAUGAACAGUUUUCAACCUAGCGGGACAACACUGAAAGAUGUGUUGCCAAUGGUGCAAGUAUAGUGAAACUCACCUUUAUCACCCCUAACACCUACUUUUCUUGUUGUGAUUUCAGACAAUGACAGUCUAUAAUCAUUGUAUAGUCAUUUUUGUCAGUUGCAGAUAAGUGCUCCUGAGCGUAGCAGAUCACAAUCAUUUGCUGCAAAACCAUUGCCUGUGUUUCGAAAUGUGCAACCGAUUUGGCUGUAUACAAAAGACUCUCAAGAGUUUACGUGGUGUGGCUGCUGUGGACAAGUUGAAUACCUGCUCAGUUUGGGCCUGAUGCUUGUAUAAGAAUAAAGUGUUGUAUUUGUGACACAUACUGGUAAGAACUGCAGAUGUAAAUUUUAUGCUGUUUGACCAAGAUUUGUGCAAAUUGAGCCUUUUUCACAAAACCUUCACACUUUUCAGCUUUUGGGGUAGCAUUCCAGCUUUGGCACAUUGUGCUCAUCCUCCUUGCUUAGUUUCGAUACAAUGCAAAUCGCCAAAUGCACUUUAACUGUCAUUUCACAAGUGGUAAAAUAACCGCUUCAUUUUUAUUGUCUUAUGAUCGUAAUAUACGUAGCUGAAAGGAAUUGCCUGUUGAAGUAAACAGAAAUAAACAGCUUUUCGUUUUCCUUUUGAAACAAUCAAUAUGGUUGUUCGGUAUCAAGCACAUUUCACAAAUGCACAUCUUACUGUAGCAGCAUUCAGUGGUGCCACUGAAUACUUCAGGUAUUUCAUCAGGUUAGCUUGCUGCUCCAUACCCUUCAUGUCCUUCAGAGAGAGAGAGAAAAACUGACGAGCAUGUGGAUUUUACCAUAGUCACUGAGUGUGUGGAAGAUGUCUGGAAAUGGAUAUGGUUGUUCAAUAAAUGUUUUCCUCCUGGAGAAA